AUGGAUUGGGCUGUUAAAUCAGCCAGAAAAAAGACCAGAUUUUUACAGGGUGGUUCUAGGUCAAUUGUAGAAUCAUUAAACCGUUUCAACGAGGUCAUAACUGAGGGUCAAGAUGCAAUAAGCGCGGCAUGCUUAGCAAGUAGUAAAUGGCUGGACAAUGAGAUGCUGAAUCUGAAGUUGGGCUCUAAACUUGAAAGGUCUUUUGGGACGAGUGAAAAGAAUGUGAAUGAGCUCAAAGCAGCAUUAGAGGAGUCUACACCAAGAAAAUUGGACCACCAUAGUUCACACGAUACACCAGGUUCGAAACAGACAACUAUUGCAGAACGUUCUGAAUCCCUGAAGGAAAACGAAAGCCCAAUCUCUCAAAAUGAUAUGGGGGCACAAGCUAGUUCGGCGGAACUAAGCUCAAAAGCUCGCACUCAAACCCUGAAGUCAUCACCUUGGUCACCUUACAAGUCCGAAAGAACAACAUUUGCUACCGAGCUUGCUCCUCUGAAUUCAUCUAAUAAAGGUACGGCCAGCUUCAAUGUUAUAGAAGCCCCUGAUCAGAGCUCAGGGACGCAGGGUGUUCCAGACCUAAAGGCGGUUUUGCAAACUACAUCCAUCUCACCAUCAUUGGCGGAAACGCACACUGCACCUUUGCCGACCCACUUGCCUAAUAAUAGUUUGGGAACGUCACGAAAGGGGCAGCCCAUACGUACGUCUGCCACAGUAAAAAUAGAUCGAACGUUGCUGCGAGAUCGAUCCCAGAGAAGGUCUAAUAUGUUCAUUCCUUUGCCAGACAAAGACCCAUUGAUUAUUCAUCCUACAAAUACGACCUCAUUACCAAUCAAACAUGAGCCGAUGGUGACUGCUGAGCUAAAAGGAAAUGAAAAUAGUGAAUUAAAAAGAUCAAUGGGACUUAGCUAUGCUACUCGGCUCGGCAACUCCAACAUCAAAUCAGGUAUUACUAACGUAUUUGACCGACUAUCGUCUAACUCUACAUUGUCAUUCGAUAAUAAGGCUACUAGUAGAAGUCCGACUCGGGAAACCAAGAGAAUGAUUCCUGGAAGGCUUACAUUCCGCGAAAACCUUGGGUCGCCAAAAGCGAGAAGAUCUCCAAAAGUAGACCAAACUAACCUUAGCAUCCAAGAAACAUUGAAAAACAUCUUUGACUCUCAUCCGCCACAGCUUGGUCAGGGUAAAAGGUCAACUCGCGAAGAUGAAUACGAAUACGAACCGGCAACCUCGGUGCCUACCGUGAAAAGAGCGUCAUUAAUACCAAAACUUAGUGGUCGUACUGCUGUUUCUCCCAACUCUGUUACAGAUCAUCAACUGAACCUAAUCAAUCGAAAAACCUCCAAUGCGCAUUUCAAAGAUUUGCCCUCCGAAGCUGUGUUGAAAGAGCAGUCAAAAAACACAGAGCUGCAACCUUUGGCCACUGAGGAGACAUCUCCUCUAUUACUUUCCAAAAGCAAACAACGAACAAGGCGUGGAACUUUGAAGGAAGAUUCACGUACAAGCAAAAAUGUGCGAACAGCAAUUCAGCAUACCAAUGGUGUCCAACCCACACCACUAUCCGGUCGCUCUUUAACAGGAACUACUCCACUUGUUGAGCAGGGUCAACAAGAGAUAUUAUGUGAAGCAUCAGAUGGUCGCAAAAAGCCGAUCAAACAUCAAGAAAGACUCACGAAGUUCCAACUUCCCCCGCUGGCGGGGUCAGAAAAGCAGGAUGUUAAAAAAAAGUUAGACAAACGGCUUUCAGAAGUGAUGCGAAGUCAAAAAGAGCAAACUAAGAGAAAUCAUGAGAAGCUCAAGAGGAGGUCUAAUGUCGAAGAUGAUCUCAAGCAAAGAAAAUCUCGCAUCUUCCAGGACUCAGAUUACAAUAAAGCCGGAAAAAGUUUUGGCGACAGCGAGGGAGAAUGCCCUCAAAGCAAGUUCAGAAACACAAUUCUUUAUGAUUUAAACACUGCAGAUCAUAGGCAAAUGGUAAAUGGAGUUUCCGAGGAGACAAACCUUUACGACACAACACUUCCCGAUAUUGAUUCAGACUCGGAUGCCGAAGACAAUUCGAUAUUGGCACCAUGGGCCAAUUCUCCUUAUCUGGAGGAACAGUUGCUUGCUCAACAGAAUUGGGAUCCUGAAAAGAUUUUUGGACCGAUUCCACCCUUGCAUACAGACGAAAUUUUUCAAAACUCCAGAUUGUCCAAACUGAAAUCACGCCAAUCCCUCUCAAGGCAGACAAUGGAGAGCCGAAAAUAG